AUGUCCGAGACUCCGAGCGGUGUCAUCGCUCAGCAGGGGCCCCGGCCGAUGGAGGAGGACGCCGACGCGGCCGCGACGGUCAAACGCGCGGCCGAUGAGGUCGUCGGCGACGACGAGCCAUCGGCCAAGAAGCCGAAGCAGGAGGACGGGCCCGAUCCCGCCAAGCCCGCGGGCGAGGGCGACGACGACGGCCUGGGCACCGACGACGACGACGACGACGAGCCCAAGGACGAUAUCAAACGAUUCGCCGCGCGCUUAAGGCCCGGGACGCUCAAGCACACCUGCUUCGUCCUACUGCAACGCGCGGGCCGCGACGGCAUGGAGACCAACGCCAUGCUCGAGACCGCUGAGAAGGAGGGGUUGUACGUGGGAAAGAACCGCAACGUGCUGACCACCACCCUGAGCCACGAGCCGUGGUUCGUGCACAACCCCGACGUCAAGUCCCACUGGUGCAUCCGGUCAUUCCUCGAGGGACCCGAGGCCACGGAGGCGUGCCUGGCCGCCAAACCAGGCAGCGAACCCGCGGGGCCCGGCAGAGCAAAGGGCUCGGGCAAGCCCAGGAAGACGCUCACCGCCGAGGAGAAGAUGGCGCAGGCGGCGGAGAAGGCCAAGAAGGCCACCGAGAAAGCCGCGCAGAGCGCCACUGCCACCGCCGCCAAGGUGCAGGCCAAGAUCGAGGCCAAGAUCCACGCGCAGCUCACCAAGGGCAACGACGACAGGCUCAAGAAAGCCGCCAAGCAACUCGCCGCGGAGACGGCCAACGUCGCCAAGCACCAGACCGCGCUCGAGGCUGCCGAGGCCAAGGCGGUCGCCGCGGGAGUCGCCAAGGAGGACCUGGAAAAGUGCGCCGAGGAGACCAACAAGAAGGGCGCCAAGGCUAAGCCGGCAAAGGCGAUAGCGGCGGCUAAGGCCAACGCCGGAGCCGGGCCCGGCGGGCCGGGCAAGUCCGCGGCGGAGAUCCUGAAGGAACCCGGCGCGCCAUCCACCGAACUCCCCGAGCGCCUCACGAUCUACACCGGCGAUCAGGGCGACAGGCACAAGCUGAUGGCGUGGAAGAAGGAGGUGGACAAGUUCAAGGAGAAGAUUGAGCGCGAGCGCGACGCGUACGUUCAGAAGCGGCGCAAGCAACUUCGCGCAGAGAACGCCAAGGAGGGCGCGGCGACCGGCAAGCUCAUCGCGGACUACAUCAAGUGCUUCGAGAACCUCGAGAAGGCGAAGAUCAAUCACUUCAAGGCUGAGGAGAUCCUGCGGCACCUGAAGGAGAAGAGCGAGCUGCUCAAGGAGACGCUUCACAUGAAAGCUGAGCUCGCGAAGGAAAAGCUCGACGCUAAAAACGCCAAGGCCAUGGCCGAGCUCGAGGCGAAGCUCGCCAAGCUGGAGGGUAAGAAGAUGGACGAGGCCAAGGCUGCGAUCGAGAAGGAGAGGAUCAAAGAGAUGGCGAAGGCUGAGCGUGAGGCGCAGCGCAAGGCUGAAAAGGCGGAGCGAGAUCGAGUGAAGGAGGAGGAGAAAGUCGCUCGAGCCGCCGCGAGGGAGGCGGAGUUUGCCGCCCGGCGCAAGCAGAAAGAGGACGCCAAGAAGGCGAGGCAACGAGAGCUGAAGUACCCGAUCGACGACGAUACGCUCAGGACUGAGCUCCUCGCGGAGGCCGCGGAGAAGGGAAUCAAGCCCGAGGAACUCACGCCGCACCCGUACCGAGAGCUGCCCAAGCCAACUCCAAUCGCGGAUGGAGCGCUGGUGGCUGACGAGGCUGCCCUCGCCGACUUUUUCGAGGUUUUCGGCGAGACUUUGGGCGUGCCCGACACCCUCAAUACCGCAGAGGGUGUUCGUAAAGUCAUCGUCGGCUGCGGCAAGGAGCUCAUGGACCUCUACGGCUGCCUGCUGCGACCCACGCUCGAGGUCUCUGUCGUGGGCAAGAGCCGAAACGCGGCGAGGUGGAAGCGCGUUCUCUCUGAUGCCACGUGGCCGGAGGUUGUCCGGCAGGUGCUCAAGCGCAAGAAAUGUGGUAAGACCGGCGUGGAAGCCUUGGGUAAGCGCCCUUGGAACGACCUCUCCCCCGGCGAGCACACCCACGCGCUCCUUGCUCUCUCCGACCUCUGCCUCAAUAGCGUCGAGUACCAGAUCAAGCCCAUGAUCGACACGCGCAUGGCCGCCGCGCACAAGCUCAAGAGCCAGCGCAUCAACGACUACAUCGCCGACUGCCAGCGUCGCAAGGCGAUCGAGAACAAGGCCAAGGAGAAGCGCAAGGCGAUCCGCGCGAAGAAAGCCGCCGAGCGAAGGGCCGAGCGCGAAGCCAAGAAAGCCGCUCGGGAAGCCGCUCUCGCCGCGGGCCAGAAGGUGGAGGACGAGGAUGACGACGACGACGAUGACGACGACGACGAGAGCGAUGAGGAGGGCGACGGCAACAUUGACAUGGACGCCGACAUGGACGACGCCCCGGACGUCGAUGUCAAGGAAGAGGACGAACCCGAGCCCGAGCCCGCCGAGGAGGAGAAGACCAAGGCUAAGGCGGCGAAGAAGGCUGAGGUCAAGAAGGAGCCCAAGAAGGAGGUUAAGAAGGAACCGGAGGUUGAGCCCACCUUCGAGCUCCCCGCGCACCUCGUCGCGUACGACGGACAUCCCGACGACCGUAAGGCCCUCAUGGCGUGGCGCGCCGAGCACAACCGCGUGUCCCAGCAGCUCGAAAACGCCAGGCGCGAGUACGAGAAGAAGAAGCGGUCCGAGGCGAGGAAAAUCCUCGAGCGCGAGAAGAUGGAGCGCAUGCGCAAGGAGGAGGAGGAGGAGCAGAAACGGCUGGAGGCUGAGCGUUUAGAGAAGGCCAAGGAGAUGGAGGCGCGAAAGAAGGAGGAGAAGCGGAUGAAGGAGGACGCCGACGUCGCGGUGAGGGUCCGCCCGCUGGGGCAGGAUCGCGACCGCAACACCUACUGGUGGGGCAUCGGCGGGGUCAAAGCCGCGCUCUACGUCGAGGACAUCAACGGUAAGUGGUUCGUCUACACCACGCGCCAGGAGGUCAAGGACCUGAUGGACGCGCUCCACCACUGGGGCGUUCGCGAGCGCAAGCUCAAGCAGGAGCUCAAGCGCCGCAUCCACACCAUCAACGCGGAGUUCCGAAGGGAGGCCCGGGAACGCGAGGACGCCGCCGCGGACGCCGCGCGCCGCGCCGCGAGCGGUUACCCCAAGCGCGAGCCCCGCGCGCCCUCCGCCGCCGCCACGGGCGAGCAGGACGGCCUCGCCGCCGCGCGAAGGUUCAUGGAGGCUCUCUGCACGUACGCGGAGGCGGCGAUCGGCGCGAGGCGGGGGCCCAAAAAGUCUGCGGGGGAUCCGGCGGCGGCUGCUACCGAUGCCCAGUCCGACGCCGACGCGCAGCACUGGCGCGCGUUCAAGAGCAGGGCACGCGCCGCGGAGGCGCACCAGGACGUCGCGCAUCUGCUCCUCGAGCUGGAGGAUGCUCUCUACGCCAUGCAGAAGAUUGAGUUUAUGUCGGCGGAGGAGAUGGAAGCGAGAGCGGCGGCGAAGGAAGCCGGGGAGGACUACGAGAGCGAGGAGAGCGACGCGGACGACGACUUCGACGACGACGACGAGAACUUGUGGGAGGAGGAGAAUCAACCGUUCCACGAGUCGUACGAGGACAAGAUCAGGACCGGGAUGAUCUACCCCAUCUGGGACACGCACUUUGAGAGGAGGACGUGGCGGGAGGCGGUGUCCGAGAGGUCGCCCGCGACGGCUCUCGCGUUCCAGGCGGCGUGCCUGGAGGACUGCGCGGCCAUCUUCCUCAAGGCGGUGGCGCGUCAUCCUCGCUGA